UGGAGAAGAUGGUCCGCCGCUGGGCUCCUCUAAUAUGGUUGGCACCGGACGAACAAUUCCUGCCUGGUUCCGUAACCGAUUUCUUGAAUCACGUUACGCCUAAGCCACGUAGCCUACCCAAUGACGAACAGCAACACUCUAAAGUGCCCAUGGGCCCGGAUUCGCAGUCGUGGUUUUUAGUCACUAAAUCCGAAGUCGUUGACAAAGCUUUAAUGAUUUUCCGUUUGAUUUURCCACAGGGUUAUGACGARCCGGAAGARAUGUACGUGUCUGUGCACGAUGCUGGCGCGUUYUACCGGUUCGACCGGAAUCGGCGGAAGUUUGUUUUCAAUCGACAAGAGGUGCGCAAAGGGUUUUUGCAAAAACCUAAGUUUCCCGAAGUGGUGCACUUGACAGACGAGGGCAAUCAUCCGGUGCUGUUCGCGGCCAAAGGAUCUCACGGCUUAUGGACCGCUCCAGGAAAACACAAAUACGUGCGUAUACCAAGGUUGUAUGACGAUAGUGGCUACGGAUUUCCAUGGAAAACUUGGCUCAAGGUCGAAGUGUUAAACUCGUCGAAAAAACUUCCCAUUUGGAUGCAGUAUUACGGCAAAUGGGGAAAUCAGCGCAGUAAAUGUCAUCCACUUUCCAAAAUGGGCUUGCAGAUUUGUCAGUUUACCGACGGACCGACGGGUAUACCUAUGAAGCAGCAUGAUUUUCGAUGUCAAAACGCGACCAAGUAACCAUGGUAUCCUACUGCACUACUGCAGGCUGGAAGAGAAAUUCGCUGAAUGGCUGCGAUGAAUAUAAACCAUGACCUAGCCGACUUUCAAGCGUCAGAACGUGUUUUAGGUCAAUGUGUAUCACUGCAGCAUUGUAUAUUGUUAUUGUUUUUUUUUUUUUUAUCAUUGUCAUUAUUUAUUUAUUUAAACUAAACGUGAUGGGUCUCAGUAAUUUUAAGGACCUAAAAAAUCGAUAUUUCAUUAUUGCGUAUAUUUAUGUAUUAUGCAUUUAACGUAUUGAGUGAAAGUAGGACUGCCUGAUUCUCGGAUUUCCUAGGACAAUUUCGUUUCUUUUUAUAAAUAAAUUAUCUAUUUGUAUAUUAUUUUAUAGCAUGUAAAAUGAUCGAUGUCUGUGUUAUGUAAAUAAAAAUAAUGAACAUUUACGA